AUGUGGGACGCAGGCCAGCCCUGCUUUGCUGAACAGGAGGACCAGGGACCAGAGCUGCAAGCCGGGGGUCCCGCCUUUACAGCCAGUCCUGCAGACCCCUCAGAGGGGCUCAGAGCAAGGGCUCCCCACCCAGGGGACCCAGGAGCCCCAUCUCACCCACUCCUUGAAAGCCUAGUUUUCCCUAUCUGUCAAAUGGGAAUCAGAAGAACAAGUAUGCUGGUGAAACUGGUCGACGGUGAUGGACUAGAGUUCAGGAAGCGCCAUUCUGGACCAGCAUUUGGCAUCAACAGCAUUUUAUAUCAGCGUGGCUUAUAUCCAUCCGAAACCUUUACUCGAGUGCAGAAAUAUGGACUCACCUUGCUUGUAACUACUGAUCCUGAACUCAUAAAAUGCCUAAAUAAUGUGGUGCAACAACUGAAAGAAUGGUUAUACAAGUGUUCAGUGCAGAAAUUGGUGGUAGUCAUCUCAAAUAUUGAAAGUGGUGAGGUCCUUGAAAGAUGGCAAUUUGAUAUUGAAUGUGACAAGACCACAAAAGAUGACAGUGCCCCCAGAGAAAUGUCUCAGAAAGCUAUCCAAGAUGAAAUUCGCUCAGUGAUCAGACAGAUCACAGCUACAGUGACAUUUCUGCCACUGUUGGAAGUUUCUUGUUCAUUUGAUCUUCUGAUUUAUACAGACAAAGAUUUGGUUGUACCUGAAAAGUGGGAAGAGUCAGGACCACAGUUCAUUACCAGUUCUGAAGAAGUUCAUCUUCGUUCAUUUACUACUACAAUUCACAAAGUGAGUAGCAUGGUAGCCUACAAAAUUCCUGUCAAUGACUGAGGAUGAGCUAAAGACAGUAAUGUACUUGUAUUCUCAAAUGUGGUUUUCCUGAAACCAAAUCAACUUUAGUUGAUAUAUUUCAUUGGUUAAUUUUUAGAUGGGGAAAACUUAACAUUAUACUUUACUGAAUCUGUGCAUAAUUGUUCCAUUCCUUGGUACCUGUUUCACUUUCCAUAUGGCUGAUGUAAGUUAUUGCACACUGUUCCAAAGGGAACUAGCAGAUUUCAUUAACAUUGUAAUGUCAAUUCCUUUGAAGGUAGUACUGUAGAUGGAAAAACUUUUGCCAUAAAAAUAAAUGUCUUUCUAAAUCAGACCUUUUGGUCAAGCAGCUUGACUCAGAAUGUACAGAAAUAUUUAAAUAUAAAAUAGAGCUAAAGAAAUAUGAAUAUUCAGAAUGUUUGUUUAGAUCCUGAAAGUAACUAAUGAUAGUCCAUAAGUAAUAAAAUAUUGCUCUUAUUAGGUCCUUUUGCCAUUUAUUUCAUUUGUAUAGUUUCCAUAUUGAAAAAUUUUCCAAUUAUUUGAUUUUAAUUUAUAUAACUUGAACCCAUGAAGCUAUGGAUAUUCCUACUGUUCAAACUGCUAUGAUACCAAACUUUUAAGAAUGUCCUUUUAUGUUUUAUAAAAUCAAGCUUUAAAUGACAAUGAUGAAAUAAAGUUAAAUGUGUAUGUU